UGCUAUAAGUGCGUCUUCCUUUUGUCUAAGCAAUAUUUGUUAUUGUUUAGUGCUUCAACAACGGAAGAAUAAUUUCUAUAGAAUACCGAUUCAGAAAGAUGCAAACGUGCUGUGUAUUAUAAUGAUCAAUUAAUUAAAGUUAGGAAGUUAUCGUGAGAAAAAGCUCAGCAUCCAAGGCAUAACCAAGGCAAGAUCCAGAUACUCUCAGAAAAUGGUCCAAGUCAGAAACUUCUUCCUUAUUUUUCUGUUACUAUUAGGAAUUUUCAAUCACGAUCAUGUGUUAUGUUUAACUCAACAAGACCUCAAUUAUAUCGCCUCAAAUCUGGAUGUAUAUUAUGAGGUUGUUGAUAACUUAGCCAGUGACCAGAUCUACACAUCUAGACUAACUCUCACCAACAAAGGGAAGAAAGAGAUAACGAAAGGACCUUGGGCAAUUUAUUUCAAUUUCAUUCGUCUUAUUGAACCUGACCAUUUAAAGGAUAAUCCAAGUGGAUAUGUUAUACCAGAUACCGGCUUAAAAUUCGUUCACGUCAGUGGAUCUCUUUUUAAAUUUGAACCAGUUCAAGGUUUUCAACCACUUUCAUCCAGUCAAAAUUUAUCAAUCAAAUUCAAUGCACAACAUCACUCCGUUGCAAGAACAGAUGCGAUGCCUAACUGGUAUGUUUCCGCCGAUGGACUUGAUGCUGUAAAUCUUGAAAGAACAGCUGGAGAAGAAUUAAGUUUUGUUGGCAAAUUUGACACGGCAAAAAAAUGGAAACGUGGCAAAACGGAUCAAUAUAAUCCUUUCACACCAACACAGCGAUGGGAACGAAUAAAAACCGAGGAAAAGAAACCUGCUUUGGGAUCGAUCAUCCCAACUCCAGUUGAACUUAAUGCAAAAGAUGAACUGUAUGUUGAUAUCCAUGACUGGAAGAUUGUUUAUACUUCGACAAAAUUCGUGAAUGAAGCAAACUAUCUAGGACAGAAGCUAAAGCUUUCUGUGAAUAAAUACACUAGCGGAAUGGAUAGUAAAAUCAUUCAUCUUUUGCACAAAAAUGUUGAUGUGAAAAUAGAUGGACAAAGCAGUACAAGUGAAGAAAGAUACACAGUUGAUGUAAAAGAGAAUAUGAUAAUUAUAUCGGCACCAAACCCAAGUGGCUGUUUCUAUGGCAUUACAUCACUUUUAGCUAUUACAGAUAUUGAAAAAAAACAAGUACUCAAGGCAUCAAUAAAAGACGCACCACGCUUCAAGUAUCGAGGUUUGAUGUUGGAUAUUUCACGUAAUUUCCACAGCAAGAGCUCAAUUUUAAAAGUAUUAAAGGCAAUGGCGAACUACAAAUUGAAUAAACUUCAUAUCCACCUUUCUGAUGACGAAGGAUGGCGUUUAGAGAUUCCUGGUUUAGAGGAAUUGACAAAGUUUGGUGGAUUGCGCUGUUUUGACGCGAAGAAGUGCUUAGCCCCGCAGAUUGGGUCUGGUGCGGAAACAUCAACUUCUGGGAGCGGUUAUCUUACUGUUACAGAAUACAAAGAAAUUCUUCAGCUCGCAAAGACGCUUCAUAUUGAAAUAAUCCCGGAAUUUGACAUGCCUGGCCACUCUCACGCCGCAAUAAAAGCUAUGGAACACAGAUUUUUGUUGUAUAAUGCCUCGAGCAAUGAAACAAUGCGAAAAGAUGCUUCUGAAUUUUUGCUAGCAGAACCUGACGAUCCUUCCAAAUAUUUUUCAAUCCAAAUGUUUAGAGAUAACGCUGUUAACCCCUGUUUGAAUUCAACGUACAACUUCAUUGAACAUGUCCUAUCCGCUUUAGUUCGUAUCCAUAAAAAUAUCUUACCGUUAAAACUGUUUCAUAUGGGAGGCGAUGAAGUAGCGAAAGGUGCCUGGGUAAACUCUACCGCAUGUCAGACACUUAAUAUCACGGAUAAAGAAAUUGAUUCACUGAAGAAAUACUUCACUAGUCGACUUUCAGCGAUUGCUGCAAAAUUGAAUAUAAGUUUUGCUGCUUGGGAGGACGGUCUUAUAGAGAACGGUACAUUAUUCAACAAAACCCAUCUUUCUCAAAAUAGUGUGUAUGGUUAUGCAUGGGAUAAUGUAUGGGAGUGGGGUGCAUUUGAUCGAGCAUAUCGCCUGGCAAACGAAGGAUACAAAACUGUUCUUGGCCAUGCAACUCAUCUAUAUUUUGAUAUGCCCUAUGAACCAAACCCUGAAGAACGUGGAUAUUACUGGGCGACGAGAUUCACGGACACUAUGAAGACGUUUGGAUAUAUGCCUGAUAGUGUUUACGACAAUGCUGAAGAAGAUCGAUAUGGAAAUCCCUUAAAUAAGAAAGAACUUUGUAAAAAGGCAAGCAAGUGUCCGCCUCUUGUGAGGAAAGAUAAUAUAGUUGGAAUCCAAGGUCACCUUUGGUCAGAAACUGUGCGUACUGAAGACCAGCUAUUUUAUAUGUGUUUCCCAAGGGUACUAGCGUUAGCUGAAAGAGCUUGGCAUAAAGCAGAGUUUGAAAAAGAUGCAAGUGGUCGGAGUGAAAUGUUAAAAAAAGAAUGGAGAAAGUUCGCAAAUUUACUUGGUCAUCGUGAGCUGAGAAAAUUGGAUGAAAUGGGAGUGAAAUAUCGAGUACCAUUACCUGGGGCAAAGUUGGAAUCUGAUAGAUGGUUAGUGAGCUCUGCAUUCCCUGGAUUGAAGAUAGAGUAUAACGCUGGAACAGAAUGGAAAGAAUAUAAUUCUUCAGUGCCGAAGUUGUCAGGAAACGUAAGAUUUCGUACCAAGUCAGCUGAUGGGAAACGUAGCAGUAGAGAGAUUGAUGUAUCGACCAGAUCAGUAGUAUCGACAGUAUCAGUGGUAUCGACAGUAUCGUCGUAUGGUUCGAAGAUUGUCAGCCAUUGUGCAUUGGCUCAGUUCGUCAUCUUUGUGUCAAUCCUCUUCGUUACUUAAUGACAAACAUAAAUGCGAACAAUGGCAAUAAUAAUCAUAAGUGACUAUAUAAUUGGUUUGAUUAAAAAUAAUUUCAUAGUGAUCGUCAAAAAGGUAAGAAAGAGAGAAAAAUAUAGCCAAUUAAAUAAAUUUUGAAUGAAUGAUUUAUUUACCCAUAUUCCUGAAACAUUUGUGCCACUGAAUUACAGCAUUAAAAAUGGUAUCUGCGCUCAAUUGUGACCAUUUUAGUUUUAAAUUUCAAGACAUCGCCGCGAUAAAUUUCAUUUGGUGAGAACUCUGCGUCAACUUUCUAGUCAGUAGGUUAAGCCAG